AUGACACAGAAGAAGAAAGAAACUAUUUCUAUAGAUGGCAAACUGAAAGAUCAUUCAUGUGAAGGAACCUACCAACAACUUUUGGAUCACCCUCUUGUAGUUGCCCUAGUCAGCCGUAAAUGGAAUCAUAUAGGAAAGAAAUUCCAUGCAGCGAAUUUUCUACUUUAUCUGAUCUAUUUGUCUGUUUUCACUCUGUGUGUGAGUACCACUGAUCCGCCGUAUAUACGUUCUCAAAGUCAAAGCGACAUAACCAUUUACGGGAACACAACUACUGACCCAAACGUCACGAUAUCCCCGACAGAGACUACGUGCAAGAACACAACUACGUGCUUGAACAAGACUACGUUAGGAAAUCCUGAAACCAAACCGGCGUGUAAUUCCUUUAAAAGUAACAGAAAAUCAAUGAUUGUAGAUAUGCAAUACUUAGUCAUAGGCUUAUCUGUCAUCAUGAUUUUAAAAGAGGUUUACCAGCUGGUCAGAAUGUACGGACGUGAGUACUUCAUGCAGAAAGAAAACUACGUGGAAUUUGCUGUUUACAUAUCCUCUAUCUUGUUUGUUAUAAACUUCACAGACUGCGAAAAUACAGACUACCGGGCCAAUUGGCAGUGGAUACUAGGCACAUUCUCUAUCCUUCUUGCGUGGACUAAUGUGCUAACAUAUGCCAGGAAGACUUAUUAUCUGGGAACCUAUGUUCUGAUGUUAUGGACAAUUAGCAAGACAUUUCUGACGAAGGUGUUACCUAUCGUCGCCGUCUUAUCACCGCACUGGUGA